AUGGCUCAUUUCAUUUCUUCGUUUCGAAGCCAGAUGAAAAGUGGCAAUAGAAUGUCGGACAUGAGCUCGGAUUCGAAACUCUCUUCAACCUUUGACAAGGAGUCAGAUACGAGUUCCGCGUACUCUGAUUACAGCGAAUUCCAAGACUCCAGUUCGACGUAUGCUGGUAAUAGCACCGAUAGCACCACGGUCCAAGUCAACUUUGACCAUUGGGGUGAACGAGAUGACCACGCCUUGACUUCAACUCUUCAGAGACCGCCUUUUUCUCCACGAGUGGUCGCAGAGCAUCAACGCCGAUCCAAGUCACCAAUAAUGGAUCUGAAAGCGAGACGUUCCAGUGCAGACUCCAUCCGCGCUGUCUGGGGCAGUCCAGAACGCCAUUCCAGGCGUUCUUCUGAAUUUCAGUCCAGCCACCAAAGCAACGAUACCGCCGAGACUCGUUCUUCCAGAAGAUACGUUCCAACAACUCUGGAAGAUACGCGACCCAGAGUAACACCCGUUCACCGAACUCGUUCCGUGACUGAAGCUCGCCGUGAUGCUACCUCGACAGCCGGCACCAGACCUACAGCCUAG